AUGGACCAGUGCCCUAGGUGCCUUGGACUGGGCGGACUGGACGCUUGCGGCAGCCCUGUGGCCGGCGCCAGUCCCACAUCCGCAUCGUUUUGCUCGGUCUGCGACGGAGAGUGCUUCCUGCCGCUGACGGUGGUCGCCGACCUGAAGCGCUGCCCACGAUGCGGGGACGCCAGCAACCCCAAAUGCCCCUGGUGUCACGGAAGGGGCUACUUUCGCGGGGUGGUGGCGUCAUGUCGGGCAUGCAACGGGAGGGGGUUGAUCAGCGGAAGCGGGGAGGACGGGUUGGAGCCCUGCGCAGCUUGCGGCGGCCGGGGCUGCGUGGGGGAUGGUGAGGGCGAGUCGCGCUUGGCCAAGUCGCCGGUUGGUGAAGAUGGGGCGGGUGAAGGUUGCCAGAGCAGCGCUACCGAUGGCGGAGUGGAGGAAAGCGAAUGGGAUCGAGCCCUGAGCGGAGCCAAGGCUGCCCUCCUUUCUCGAGAUCCCGAGGAGAUGCACAGGUCCAUACGACAAUUGGCACAUUUGCAUAUGCACUGCCCAUCGUCGUCGAUGGGCGCCGUGGUGCAGUCCCACCUGUUGCAGCUGAGGAGCGCCUUCCAUGAAAUCAAAGCGGCAUGGGAAGUUCGACAGAACUUGCAGAGAGGCUAUCUUCUGAAGCAGAUAGUCGAAUCGAAACGGGAGCUUGGGCGCAUCCUGGAAGCGCCGGAGGAUAAGGGCGAUUUGCUGUUGGACGAGCAGUCAGGAUUGCUGCAGGCGCUGAGGUGCCACUUGGAGUCCCUGGACAAGCUCCUAGGGGCUAGAUUCACACAAUGGCAGGAACCCCUGCCUGGUGGCCAGCUUGCCACGGAAGGGAAUUUGGCAGCAGCACUGUUGAGGGAAGGGGAGUUGAGGGCAGAGGUGUUUGAGAGGUCACAAGCAGUGCACGUUGCAGUACAUGAUGCCCUUUGUGCGAAGCAUGACUACGAGCGGCUGCACAGCCAAGACGAACUCAAGUUGCAAGCCCUGGAGCUCAAGCACUUGCUGGCAGGAGCGCCAGGCCGGUUUCAUGCAGCACAAAAAGACUUCAGGUACGCCCAGCAAAUCCUGCAACAGCUUAAGCUGGUGUGGAACAAGGAGAUGGAGGACCGAAUGCAGAGGCGACCACCAUGGAUGCCAGACACGUCCACCACGGAGUGCAUGAAGUGCAGGAGCAAGUUCGGGGUGUUCUCACGCCGUCACCACUGCCGAGCCUGCGGCCUGAUAUUCUGCCACGACUGCUCCAGGCACCGCAAGCCCUUGCCAGCUCUUGCAUACUUCAAACCAGAGCGGGUGUGCAACAUCUGCCACCCUCUGAAUUAUGAACCCAAGGACUGGUGGGAUUUUGCUGUGUAG